AUGUUCGACAAAUCACGACAACAGCAAGGUGCUGCUGAUAUGGCAUCCAAAGCAAAGCAAGGCAAGCAAUGGUCGCUGAAAGACUUUGAAAUUGGAAAGCCUCUCGGUCGUGGUAAAUUCGGAUCUGUCUACCUUGCGAGAGAGAAAGAAAGCAAAUACAUCGUUGCAAUCAAAGUUUUGCAAAAAAGUCAACUUCUCAAGGCUGGUGUCGAGCAUCAACUUCGACGAGAGAUUGAAAUUCAAUCUCACCUCCGAAACAGACACAUUCUUCGUAUGUACGGCUAUUUCUACGAUGCGAAAAGAAUUUACUUGAUUCUAGAAUACUCCCCUGGUGGCGAACUAUUCAAAAGAUUGACACAAAAGGGGCGCUUCAGCGAGCGAACAUCUGCUCGAUACAUCACUGAUUUGGCAAUGGCUCUUGACUACUGCCAUUCCAAACACGUAAUUCAUAGAGACAUCAAACCAGAAAAUCUUCUGUUGGGGGCAUAUUCAGAAAUCAAGAUUGCUGACUUCGGGUGGUCAGUUCACGCUCCAACAAGUCGACGAAACACACUUUGUGGAACCUUAGACUAUCUGCCACCAGAGAUGGUUGAGGGAAGGGAUCACGACGAAAAGGUCGACGUUUGGAGUUUGGGUAUUCUUCUUUACGAAUUUUUGUACGGAUUUCCACCAUUUGAGGCGGAGGGGCAUUCCGCGACCUACAGAAGAAUCUCGCGGGUUGACCUUCGAUUUCCAAGCAAGCCAACAGUUUCUCAUGAAGCCAAGGACUUGAUUCGAAGGCUACUAGUGAAGGAUCCUUCAAAGCGAAUGGCGCUACAAGACAUUCCAAGUCACCCAUGGGUCGUUGCCAACACGAAAAAGGUCUAA